UGUGAGAAGACUUUACCCACAAAAGUUACCCCGAGAAAUCAGUUGGAGCACUCGGGGUUAGCUGUCAAAAUGAAAUUAAAUUUUCAAAGUGAUGACACGAGUUAAAUAAUAAAAUCGAACAUGACAUCCAAGCCUGAAAUAACGUUGGACCAUUUUUACAUAUUCAAUGGUACCUACGCCAAGAAGGAAGGAGAGGAGGAGAAAAAAAUCCUGUAUUAUUACCCCGAAAAAACCGACGUGGACACCAAGAUCAGGAACAUUGGGCUCAGCGAGGCCAUUAUCAAGUUCACUGAGUCUUUCAACCCAGGCCAGACGUGUGAUUAUUGCCACACUCACAAAACCAGGCAGAUUUACUAUCAGCCAGAGCCAGACUUCUGGAUAGUGAUGAUCGUCGGUGUUCCCUACUUACUAAAAACAAAAGAUGGCAACGAGUACACAGAGUACCAGCACGACGAGGUAUCGAGUCCGGUGUGCCUGGCGAUAAUGAAGCAAGCCUACAUGAGAUUCCGAUUAUUCAUGGGGUCGUUCGAGACAAUUCUGAAGGAUCCAGGCUGUGGCUCGGUGACCCUCCUCAAGCACAAGCUGGAUUACUUCUUCUCCGAGCACCUGUUGACCCUCAAACUCAACCAUCGAGACAUCCUGGACAUAUUCCAGGGCCUCCAGUUCCUCCCCCUGGACAAGGGCACCUUCCUGAGGGUCCAGUGUUUCAUGAACCUCAUAGAAGCCACAUUCCCACACGUCAAAUACACAGCAUUCCUGUACAACGAUCAACUCGUCUGGAGUGGAUUGGAACCUGAAGACAUGCAGGUGGUCUACAAUUACCUCGUUAGCACGUUAUUACCAGCCCACAUGGAGAAAGAACUGCAUGGAGGCUCCAUGCCGAGAAAUUCAGCAUCUCCAUUCACAAGUUCUCAUUACGGAAAAUUUGUAACGGGCGCCUCGAGCAUGAACGAGUCGAUCGGAAUAGCCAAGUCUCCAAUAGUCUUCAUAAACUACUCAACGACUCCCACGUCCCUGUACCUAGUGGUCUACAGUGCCUUGAGUGCAACAAUCUGUUUAUUCAUCGACAGCUCCACAGGUCUCCUCAUCGACUACCUGAAGAGUCUCGACGCCUUCCUGGGCCCCCAGCUGACGACUCUGGUCAGCUCAGUGGCCGAUCAGUGCUCCAAGCACGUUCCCGACCUGGGGGAGUCCACCCCCAAAUACUUAUACUUCAACAGACUGAAUUUAGCGUACAAGAGCACCAUUCAUCUCGACAACAGACGCGUCUCCAACGUCCUCACCACCCCCGAGGUCCUCAGGAUAAUCACCGACAUUCACAGCGACACUAACAAGCUCAAGGAGGCUGGAGAGGUCGUCAUCAAGACCAUGAGUGACUACUGGGUCGUGGGCAAGCUGUCCAACCUACGAGAGUUCUUCGUCGUCAUUCAGCAGAAGAACGCGAACAUAAUCGAAAUCGAUGACGAGGUGAAGCGUCUCUGCGAGAAGCAGCUGAAGAGCAUCUUCUUCCACUGAAUCCCCCAGAAGUAAUCCUUAUGUACAGCACGAUGAUGUAAAAAAUGUAAUAAAUCCACUGAAUCAAUAA